GGGUCAGCCGCCGCGCCUGCGCAGUGACUGAGCCCGGGUCCCUGUAAAGAUGUCUGAGCAGGCGGGGAGGGAGCGGAGCGGAGGACCCGAAACAAGCGCGCAGAACCUGCAGCUGUCCGACACUUCCCCGGUCAAGGCAGGUCGAUGUCAUUCUGAUGUGCAGCUGAGAUGUCCAAUGACAGCCAGGGAUCGGUGAAGGGGGAGGCGGCCAUGCUGAUCUCUCCCUCAGCCUCCGCCUCCUCUCAGGGACCGCCCCUUUCUCCGUCCACCACCACCAAAACACCUGAGCUCCCUGAUGAGCUGGUCCAGGCUGGCUGGUCUAAGUGCUGGUCCCGGAGGGAGAACCGGCCUUACUACUUCAACAGAUUCACCAAUCAGAGCCUGUGGGAGGUGCCAGUGCUGGGUCAGCAUGAUGUCAUCUCUGAUCCGUUGGGUCUGAAUGCAGCUCCUGCAGAGGGCGGAGACGGUAACCUUGGUAACGGUCAGAGGAAGAGGAGGAGCUCUGAGGAACAGGGGGCGGGGCCUAACAGCUUCAAACGUACGAAGGUGGAGCCCACCACGCCCAUCUCUCCCAGCACCCCCGGGGUCAAACCCUGGAGCUCCGCCCCUGAUGACAAACAGGCCCAGUCGGCCACACCCACGACUCCAAGCCCCGCCCCUGCGCCGUACAGACCAGCAGUGAUCUACUGGGACCUGGACAUCCAGACCAACGCCGUGAUCAGAGAACACGCCCCCGCAGCACACCUGCCUCCCCACCCAGAGAUCGAGCUGCAGAGAGCUCAGUUGGUCACCAAGCUGAGGCAACACUACCACGAGCUGUGCCACCAGAGAGAAGGUAUUGAUCCGCCUCGGGAGUCCUUCAACCGCUGGCUGCUGGAGAGGAAAGUGAUCGAUAAAGGUCAGGACCCGUUACUGCCCAGCGACUGUGAGCCGGUCAUCUCCCCGUCCAUGUUCAGAGAGGUGAUGAACGACAUCCCCAUCAGGUUGUCUCGCAUUAAGUACAAAGAGGAGGCCCGGAAGCUUCUGUUUAAAUACGCUGAAGCUGCCAAAAAGAUGAUUGACUCCAGGAACGCCAGUCCGGAGAGUAGGAAGGUGGUGAAGUGGAACGCUGAGGACACCAUGAGCUGGCUGCGCAGAGAUCACUCCGCCAGCAAGGAGGACUACAUGGAUCGUCUGGAGCACCUGAGGCAGCAGUGUGGACCUCAUGUCGCCGCCGUCGCCAAAGACUCUGUGGAGGGAAUCUGCUCCAAGAUCUACCAGCUGUCUGCAGAGUACAGCCGCCGCCUGAGACAGACGCACCUGAGCCUGCUGCAGGAUCCACCCACAGAGGCGUGUGCGUCGCCGCAGUCCCGUCUGGUGUACUUACCGGUCCGUCUGUCCGUCCCGUCUCCACCGCUGCCCCGAGUGGAGCUGCACUUUGAGAACGACGUGGCCUGUCUGCGCUUCAGAGGGGAGAUGGUCAAAGUCAACAGAGGACACUUCAGCAAGCUGGAGCUGCUGUACAGGUACAGCUGUAUAGACGACCCUCGCUUUGAGAAGUUCCUGUCCAGAGUUUGGUGCCUCCUGAAGAGAUACCAGGUGAUGUUUGGCAGCGGUGCCAAUGAGGGGACGGGCCUGCAGGGGGCGCUGCCGGUGUCCGUGUUCGAGGCGCUGAACCGACAGUUUGGUGUUUCCUUCGAGUGUUUCGCCUCGCCGCUCAACUGCUACUACAAACAGUUCUGCUCCGCCUUCCCCGACAUCGACGGCUUCUUCGGAUCCAGAGGGCCCUUCCUGUCUUUCUGUCCUGUCAGCGGCUCCUUUGAAGCCAAUCCUCCGUUCUGUGAGGAGCUGAUGGACGCCAUGGUGACGCACUUCGAGGACCUCUUGGACCAGUCCUCGGAGCCUCUGUCCUUCAUCGUCUUCGUCCCAGAGUGGCGUGACCCGGUGACGCCGGCUCUGACCCGGAUGGAGGGCAGCCGGUUCCUGCGCCACCAGCUGAGCGUUCCGGCCUACGAACACGAGUACCGCUCAGGCAGCCAGCACAUCUGCAAGAGGGAUGAGAUGUACUACCGGGCGGUACACGGUACUGCAGUACUCUUCCCAAACGACGCCGGUUUUUCAAAGUGGGCUCCGACUCCGGAGCGUCUGGCCGAGCUGACGGCGGCGUACCGCCCCUCCCUGCCCCGCACCUCCUCUCUGUCCUCACCUGGCCCAGCCCACAUUGUACCUGGAGACAGAGACUCCGCCCCCAAGGCCUCUGAUAGGACGCAGAGCGCUGUGGCGUCACCUGGUGGCCAUGACAACAACAACAAUAACAGCAGCAGCGGUGGCAGCAGCAGCAGUAGCAGUCCUCGAGACAAGAUGGCUGCUGUGUAGAGGGGGUGGGGUUUGUGGUGGCCACGCCCCCUUUGUCCCCUGGCUGUCGUUUUGUCCCUUCAGAUUGUCCCUCACCAGCACCUGUAGCACCCUCAGCUCAUACCCACAAUGCCCUUCUGCCACUGCCAGCAGGGGUGGGGCCUGAUUGAUCCUGUUGUCUGAUUGGCUCACGCUGUGUCCCCCAGUCUGGUUCGUCCCCGCUUACUACACACGAUCUGAUUGGUUGAAACUCUGCAGCUGAUUCAGGUGUGGUUGAAGCCAAUCGGAGGGCGUUAGUCAGCGACACAUCGGAGCUCCUCCAAUAAAAACCUUUUCACUCACCUGUGAUGUCAUGUGUGACGGGGCCACUGGAUGUCCUCUGAUUGGUCCCCACAUCGACAGGGCUCGGUGAUUGGUUGACAAGGCAGCUAUCGUUUCUAUUGGACUUGAGCGGCGUCCCGUUUUUGGCCCCGCCUCCUCUGACGGCCCUGCCCUGGUGGAUUGUGGGAAAGAGAUCAUUCAGCAUCUUCUCUGGGGACGAGGCAGAUGAACUGGGAGUCUGGUUGAGAUUGGUGAGGAGGAUGGACUCCUCAGAGGGGCGGAGUCACCGCCGCAGGGGGGGCGGAGCCACAGGUGUUCGAGUUCUUUAAUCAGCAGUUUGUGUUUCAUUUAAAGUUCACUUGUUUACAACAUUUAGUCAUUUUUUUCUUAGUUCGUCUCACAUUUUCCGUCUUUAUUUUCAGGUUUUCGGAUUCUUUUGUAAACAGAUUCUGGGUUUUUGGGCAGAUACUGAAUCUUAGGGAGUAAAAUAUUCAGAUCUGUUAUUUUAUCUGUUCACCCAGAUAGAAUAUGUUGUUCUCCUUUCUAACCAUGGACUCCACACCGCUGUCUGCUCUGCUACAUGUGCUGCACAGUGCUGUAAACAGUGGAGCCGCCCUGCUGGACAAACGUGUGACGACAUGUUUCUAAAUUAUCUUCUGUCCUCAUACGAUGUGUUGGUCGGUUUGUAAACUAAUAUUUCAACCUCCUCUUGAAGUAUUCAGUUUUUCAAUCAUCGUCUGUUUUCAUUAAAUGUUACACAUGAUAGCUUCUCUAAAUUUCACUAAAACUCAUUUGACUCUUUUCUUUUUUCUUUAAGGACUUUAUUAUUUUGUGUUUCUCAUUUUUUCUCGUGUGUUUUUAUGGAAUUAGUGAACUGUUGUAUGUUCAUGUUUCUCGUGUAAAUAUUCAGAUUUCUUCAGAUAAAACUGGUUUUAUUGUGUUUUUCAUCGGAACAUAAAUGGAGGCUAUGGCUCCUCCUCCUUUGUAACCCAGCAUUGUGAUUGGCUGUGGGCCCUCUGUGUAGAUAGUGUACAGUGGAUCUGAUCUGGAGUCUGUUCAUAUUAUUUUGUUGUUAUACUGAUUGAAAACAGUUUUUUAUUUGAUUAAUUUAACGUUUUUAAAGAGACGUCUGUGUAUUUACAGCCUUCUAGUUUGUUUCCAACUAAACCAAAGUGUUAUUCAGAAGAUCUUUAUCUGUGUGUAGAACUCAGCUGGAUUCUCCUCCGCUAGUCCUCACUUCGUCCUUGGCUCUGCUUUUGUCUUUUAUUUUCCUGGUGCAUGAACUGUUUGGACUCUAAGCGAUGUUCUCCUGAUCAAUCACCCACAUGUUCCCUCAUGGUUCCCUCAUGUUCUUCCACUGGUUCCCUUCACCUGGUUCAGUGUUUAAAGGAGCAGUCACACAUUUUGGAUUUCUGGAGCAGCGCUAGUAGUUUCCCCCUGCUCCCAGUGUUUGUGCUAAGCUAAGCUAAUGUAGGACUGUUCCUCUGUUUAGUACCGAGCCACAGGAAGAAGACAAACUGGAGAAGUUCCGUUGUUUUUAUCGGGUCUGUGUAGUCUCUGUUGUGGAACUGUUCUAACACCUGAUCUGCCAUCGUUUUGUUAGUUUUCUGUCAUAAAGCCAACAACACAAAGUUUCCUGCUCAUAAAAUUCAGACUGAUUUCACCUCAGAGCUGCUCCUGAAGUCCUGGAACAUCUGAGAUCUUCCACUGAACUGAUCCAAACAGAAGAGCUUCAACUGGACUUUGAUGAAGAGAAACGUUUCAGUAGAACUCAGAGGAACCGACUCUGAACUUUCUGUUCCACCUUGUAUCCACAGAACGUUCUGGGUUUGAUUCAGAUGAAGUGUUUCUUAAAGAUCUCCAGGUUUAUCUCCCUUUUUUGUCUUCUUGAUGUUUGCUCGCUGAGCUUCAGAGCUGAAACAGGGAGUGGGGUCCUCUGAGCUGCAGAAUGUAAAUAGUCUGUCCUUCGUCCUGCCUGCGGACAAAAUGCAGCUUCUCUCCCAGUAAAAGUAUAUCCAGCCCAGUCAAA